AUGUCAAUAGAAAACAUUAUGUUAUGGCCGGUGAAACAAACGGAGCACAGAAUUAUUACCAAAAAACUCGUUAAAACCUCGAAUCUAAACCCCAAAAACCCCUCCCAAAACCCGCAGAAAUCUAAUGUUCACAGAACUGUUCGGGUAACGGUAACUGACCCGGAUGCAACAGACUCCUCCGGGGAUGAAAACGAAGAUGAGAUUUUCAGAAGGCAGCGUGUUAAGAAAUACAUUCAAGAAAUCAGUAUUGAAAAAGCUAGCAAGACCCUUGUCAAUGGCACAAUCAGUAAGCUUCAGGUCAAGGAGAAGACAAUGAAGGUGAAGGCGGCGGAGCAGAAGGCCCCGAGUGGUGGUUCGCGGAAGUUCAGGGGCGUCCGGCAGCGGCCGUGGGGUAAAUGGGCAGCCGAGAUAAGAGACCCGACGCGAAAAGUCCGGCUUUGGUUGGGAACUUACGAAACUGCAGAAGAAGCUGCUAUGGUGUAUGACAAUGCUGCUAUUAAGCUCCGGGGACCGGAUGCUUUAACAAAUUUCACAAAUCCAGCGGCCGUGGAGAAUAAUGUAACGUCAGUUUCCGGCUACGAGUCCGAUAAAGAGUUGCAUAAUGUUUCUUCUCCGACCUCCGUUCUCCGGUUCUCUAGUACUCAAUCUAGUGAACCAUCUGGCUCUGGUGAGGUCCCAGUUCUUGAUUCCAUGGAUGUAAAGAACCAACAAAGUUACGAAUCCGGAUCCUGCCGUGACCCGGUUCAGGACCGGGAAGAAUUUCAUGGGGAAACAAGUAUAAUACCAGACAGUUCAAACGAUUGUUUGCACAUGGACACUCGAUUCUUGGAUGAUUUCUUCAAUUUCCCAACUCCAGACCAGACAUUGUUCGACUUUUCCGAUGAUUUCGGAAAUGUUAAUGAAAUUCCGGCUUGUGAUGACAACAGCUUUGAAUUCAUUAAUUUUGGGGAUAUUAACGAUUCAUUCCAAGAAGUUGAUGAUUACUUCAACGAUUUGGGCGAUUUGGCUUUUGCCGAUGAGAUAAUGGCACUAUGA